AUGGCGCAGGGAAAAAGUGAGAGAACUGGGAAAAAGCAAGUUGGAAAACAUACCAGGAUUAUUGUCACUGAAAGUGCAGAAGAAAAUAUCCUGGAAACCUCAGAUAACUCCUGCUCUGACUCCAGCAAUGAAGGCAAUUGGAUCCAUAAAAAAGGUACAGAAGAGUCUCUAGUGGACAGCACUGCAAGCAGUGAAGAGAACAGUAGUUCUUCAGAGGAAGAUAGCAUCAGUGAGAAAGCAGCCAUGCUUGAAGAUCCUCCUGCAGCUCAAGGAAACAGCUGCAAGGAACUGCUUGAUAAAAGCAACAAAGCAUCUAUUGAAACUGGAAGGGAACAGGUGAUCACAGAUGGAACGAAUGAAUCUGAGGAUGAAGGCACAGACUCUGCAGGAUUGGAGGCAAAGGAGAGAAUGAAGAAGCAAGAUGACAUGCCAAGACAACCAAAAUCUAUUCUAGCUCAGAGCAGUGACGAAGACGAUGAUGUAAACAUUUCACGAUUCCAACUUGAAAGUCUUAAGAACAGAGAAAAUGUCAAUAAUGAAGUAGGCAAGGAAAAUACAUUAGAAAAUGACAAAAUUCAAGAUAUGUCAAAAGAUGCACAUGAUAAUUCUGAUGGCAGUGGGGAGAAUAGCACUGAAGAGAGCAUUAACAAAGGAAAAGAAAAUGCAACAAAACAACCACAGCCUAGUGCUCUGAAAGCAAAACUCCACAUUCGCCUUAGCAAAGUACUUCAAGGAACUGAACAGGAAGAGAAGGUGAAUGAUGAAGGCAGCGCACUGGAAGGUAGCCCUUGGCUCUCCAAGCAACCGAUGACCUUGAAAGAGAAAUCUGGGAGGUGUGAGAUUGCAGAACAAGGUAAAGUGAUAGGACAUAGACAGAGGGACAGUUCAUCAGACUGCAGAAAGCAGGAGUUAGCAGCAAUGAUGUUUACAAAAAAAUGCUCUUCUCAAUCCCAAAUCCUUCUCAAUCUGAAAAACAAACAUAAAAAUACUGAGACCAAACUAUUAACAAGCUGUAAACCAAAUCCUGUCCAGAUGGCUUUGGAAACCAACUCUGACCUGAAAAAUGUUGAAAGCAUCUGUUCAAAACCCACGACUCUAGAAACCCUCAAUACACAGAAAGAACCCAACAUAGCUCAGAGUUUUGGAGAGACAAGAUUAAAUCUUUCAAAUAUUUCAAGCUGCUCCACUAUUACAAAAAAAUCAUCUGAUAAGCAGCUCCUUGGCAAGAAGAAGAAAGUUGGAAAAGUUAUUGGAAAAGUUAAACUCAAUUCAGGCCAGACUUUAGAGGCAAGAAAAGAGAAAGCAGAAGAAGUGGUUGCAGAGGCAACUUCUGAAAAAGAAAAUGUGCACGAUGGGAAAGGAUCCAAGUACUUGCACACCCAUUCUGCUUUUAGAAAAGCCACCAGCUGGGUUGGUCAAAAACCUGCCAAGAAAGCAAGUCUGAAAGCUCGUCUUCUGAGUGUGGCACGUGCAAUUGGUGUUUCAAGAUGGCUCUUGAAGAAAUUUGGGAAGAGAAAGAGGAGCAGUAAACAUUUUGGAUUCAGAAGUAGAGUGGCAGUACGGAUUGUGAGCACUGCUGCAUGGCUUGGUCGGUCUGGCAAAGCCUUUCCUGGUGCAGCCAGACAUCUGGGGAGGGCUGAGUUGAGUGACAAAGAAUCUUCUCCGUUAGAGGAGGUGAAAGGUGAUCCUAAAAUGGCAGAGGAAGUGGGACACAGUGAUUUGCCUUCUGGUGAUUCCCCUCUUCAUGGAACAAGUUCCUUUCCAUACUUACUUAGCUUGGAUGAGGAGAACAAUGCUCCUGAUGCCAAGUUUGCUAUAGUAUUCCCCGGAGUCCACAGCAUGAUUAAGGCAAAGACCUCCUUGUCCAGGGGCUCUGGGAAUGGUUAUUCUCUAGAGAAACUGAGAUCUCGAUCAGAGGGAAAAUCUGUGAUGCCUGUGCAACAGAGUUGCAGAUUCAAAUCGGACCUUCCCAGAUCUUUGAUGAAUCAAAGCCCUCAGAGAAACAGUGAUCAGGGCUUCCUUCCACAUCAGGAAGAGGAUCCAAUACGUACAUCAGAUUGUUCCAGUGAGGUAGAUGCCAAAGAGGGUUCAGGUGUCCUCCAGACUGCGGGGUCCAUGGUCACACCUCAUGUUCACUGGUCUCAGCCACAGGCUCAGGGAUGUGAUCCUGCAGCAUGGCUGAACUCUGAAUUGCUGCUGCCACGACUAACCAUUGAGAACUUAAGCAAAUGGGCCAUCUACAAGGACCCACAUCUGGCCAAAAGCCAUGUGAUGAAGGUCUGUAAGGGUCAGUGGGAGGCAGAAGACAUCUCUGACAAUAUGCUAGAGAUGGAAUACAUGCAGAAACAGGUGUACAUGUGUGAAGACCACUGUGUAGAAGUUGAGGAGAUUGAAGAUUUAACCAGACUGGAGGAAGUCUGUGAGAGCUCAGUUCUGCUGUGUCUGAAGAAGAGGUUCCAUCGCGACCUUAUUUAUACUUACAUUGGGCAAAUUUUGGUUUCUGUGAAUCCUUUCAAAGACCUCAGUAUCUACUCUGAAGAUGUGGCUACCCAGUACCACCAAGGGACCCUCACAAAAAAUGCCCCACACAUCUUUGCCAUAGCAGAAAUGGCCUACAUGCUAUCCCAGUCAUCAGAGCAAGAGCAGUGUGUCAUCAUCAGUGGACACAGUGGAUCAGGUAAAACUGAAGCUGCCAAAGCAAUUGUGCAAUACCUGACCAUGCUGUACCAGACAUCAGACAGCCACAGGAUCAGACAGCCCUGCAAUGUCCUACCCAUCUUGGAGAGUUUUGGGAAUGCCAAAACCAUCCUCAAUAACAACUCAAGCCGUUUUGGAAAGCUUCUGAAUGUCCACCUGCAACAUGGCAUCGUGGUGGGAACAUCCGUCUCCCAAUACCUGCUGGAGAAGUCUCGUGUGGUAUUUCAGGCCCAUGGUGAGAGGAACUUCCAUGUGUUUUAUGAGCUACUGGCUGGGCUGCCUGUGGAGCAGAAAGAGGAGUUGUACUUGCAAGAGGCAGAGUCCUACUUUUACCUGAAUCAGGGCAGAGCUUGUGACAUCCUGGGGAAGGAGGACAGUCAGGACUUCCUGGUCUUGGUGCAAGCUCUGGAGGGAAUCAGCCUCUCGGAUGAUGAGCUGACUUCCACCUGGGCUGUCCUGGCUGCCAUUCUGCAACUGGGGAAUAUCUGCUUCACCUCCUACGAGAAAGAAUCCUAUGAACAUGCAGCCAUCGCCAGUGGCACCGAGAUUCAGAUUGUGGCCAAUUUGUUGCGCGUCUCAGCAGAUUUCCUUCAAAGUGCUGUCACUCACUGUGUCACUGUGACAUCUUAUGAUCGGAUCUUCACCCCUCUGUCUGUAGAAGGAGCCAUUGAUGCCAGGGACUCCAUUGCCAAGACUCUGUAUUACCUGCUCUUUGAGUGGCUGCUGCUGAGAAUCAAUGAGUGGUUGGCUCCCUGGGAAUCGGACUGUGCCAUGGGCAUUGUGGACAUACAUGGCUUUGAGGAUCUAGGUGUGAACAGCUUAGAGCAACUCUGCAUCAAUUUUGCCAAUGAGCAUCUCCAGCGUUUUUUCAUCCAGACAGUCAUUGCCCAGGAAGAGGAAGAAUAUAGGCAAGAGCAGUUAGCUUGGAUUCCUAUUUCCAAGAUGUACAGUGAGUCCUGCCUAGAUUUCAUUGCUGCAAAACCCCAUGGCAUCUUGUGUAUCCUGGAUGACCAGACUUCACUGAUUCAGGCCACUGACCACACUUUCCUCCAGAAGUGUCAUUACCAUCAUGGAAACAGCCCUUGGUACACCAAGCCCAAGUUGCCUUUGCCAGUCUUCACUGUGAAGCACUAUGCAGGCCCUGUCACCUACCAGGUCCACAAGUUUCUCAAUAAAAAUCGUGACCGGCUGCGUCCAGAGGUGUUGGAUAUCUUCUCUCAGAGCCGCCUUGAGGUGGUAUCUCACAUUUUCCAGAAGGCUAAAGCUGCCUAUAGUCAGCAAAGGGAGCUGGGGGCCAGAGGCAAAGGGAUCAAGCCUCAGGCCUCCACACUGGUGUCUAAAUUCCAGCAGUCUUUGCAGGACCUCACAGACAAGCUGAGAAGGAGCCAUAUCUUCUUUAUUCGUUGCAUCACCCCUAAUCCCAAAAAGCUCUCAAAUAUCUUUGAUGUGGAGUAUGUCACUUGUCAGCUGCGACAUUCUGGGAUACUGGAGGCUAUCCACAUUAGAAAGGAGGGAUAUCCAGUCCAUCUUCCAUUCCAGAACUUCCUAGCCAGGUAUGGCCUCCUGGCUGGGAGAAAGCACAAUGGCUUGGAGAAGAGAGAAGGCUGUGCAGCAGUUCUGUCUCACGUGGUGGGGAACCCCUCAGAUCUCUAUCAGAUUGGAGUAACAAAGGUCUUUCUGAAGGAGAAGGCCAGGCAGCUUCUGGAGAGACAGUGGAACCAGAGGCAGAGUUGGGCUGUUGUCACUCUGCAAAGGAAAUUCCGAUGUCUUCUUCAUCGCAGACGCCUCCGUGUUCUCCAGGAGAAAGUCACAAUCAUUCAGGCUCACUUCCGAGGUUACCAGGCAAGGAAGCGUUACAGGAGGUUGAAGAAGACUUUGGUGCAAUUUAAUACCAUGAUUUUAAUCUCCAGACAUUUGAUUCAAAGGAGGAAACACUGCCAGCAAGAGUUAGAGGCAAGGAAGCGAAGGAGGAGGUCCCUGGCCAUUGGUGACACAGACAGCAGUUCCAACCAAGGAAUGGAUGUGGGACUGCUGGAGAUCCCUGCAGACCUUGCUGCCCUCCUGCAGUUAGCUGAAGGUCAAUACCAAGGACAGGCCAACCAGAUAACUGAGGCAUUGCCUCCAGAAGUCAAGGUCAAAGAUGACCUUUCCCUCCCACCUACCAUCAACAGCUAUCCUUUCUCCUCCUUCAUUAAGUCACACUUCCAGAAGACAGAUUUCCCACCCCCUGGUCAGCCUCUGCAGCACCCCUUAACCCAUCUGGAAGCUGAAUACCAGGAGAGUGCGCUUGAGAUCAACAAACUGAUUUUGCGGUUCAUUGGUGACAAGAAUCUCCAUGGCUGGCAGGAGGUACUUCUGGGCAACUACAUUGCUGGGAGAGGUUUGAAUAAUGUGGCUCUGCGCAAUGAAAUCUUCAGUCAGGUGGUUGCCCAGACAUGGAAGAACCCAGACAUGGAGCACAGCCAGCGAGCUUGGGUCCUGAUGGCAACUUUGCUGAGCUGCUUUGCCCCUUCACCAGCACUGGAGAAGCCGUUGCUGAAAUUUGUGUCAGAUCAUGGCAUGGAGGGCUACAAUGCUGUUUGCCAGCGCAAGAUCUUGACAGCAGCACAGUACACAGAGGUAGACUCUACAUUGUCUCGGGCCUAUCCUCCCACUCAACUGGAGUGGACUGCAAACCAGAGGAGAGGGAAGAUGGUGCUGGAUGUUCAUACCUUCAAUGAGGAGAAGUUCUCAGCUGAGGUGGAGUCCUGGAUGACUGGGGAGCAGUAUGCAGGCUGGCUCCUGAGUGCAAGGGGCUGUGAUAAGAAGUCUCGAGGGUGGUCUAUCUCCAUGUUUACUGGCAACACAUGGCAGGACCUGCUGGGCUGUGACUUUGUGCUGGACCUCAUUGGAGAGAUGGAGGAGGCCAGCAACUUCAGCAGCCCGUCUCAGUCAGCUGAGUACCCCAUCACUCCUGAAAGGGACAGAAGCUUCCUCCAAUACUCUGACCUGGAUUCGAUCCCUCCUGCUCCAGGAAUCCGGGCCCCUACCUUCCCACCACCUAGCCUGCCUCCAGAAUUCAACGAUCUCCAUCCAGAUUCAAGAUUCAGAGAUGACCUGAGGACACCUGUAGGCUUGGAUCACUAUGUAGAUGAUCUCUUCAGCACUGUGCUGCAUCAAGGCUCUAGAGUAUCGGAUAUGGAGAACAGGGAGUUUCUGAAUGGACGCAUGAAAGGAGGUGGGAAGAUUGGACCCACACAGAGAGGAAUCUUUCCUUCUACAGACUUUCCCAUCAUGUCUAGCUAUUCCUUGGGCUUCUCUGGAAUGACUCAAGCCCCAGUUUACCAGCCUUCGAUGAUGGGAAUGCCAGCAGGCAUGCCUAUGAUGCCAGCAGCUGGUGGGAUUGCCCCCAUGCCAGCCAUGGUUAUGCCCCAGUCUGUGGUUCCAGCUGUAGAUCCCAAUCAGUUAGCAGCACAACAGCAAGCCUUUAUCAACCAGCAAGCCAUGCUCAUGGCCCAGCAGAUGACCCUUCAAGCCAUGAGCAUUUCUCAGCAACAGCAGCAGCAGCAACAGUCUCUUGCAAUCACAAGGCCAAGAGUCUCAAGUCCACCACGAGCCCGAGCCUCUGCUCCAGUGUCAACCCCAGUCCCAGCCACUUCCCCAAAACCCAAGCAGCAUCCCAGCAGCCAGAAUGCUAUACCACCAAAGGCUCCAGAACCUCCAGCUAAGGCAGAAGAACUGGUUUAUGACUACACAGAAGACCAGUUCUCCGACAGUGAUGAUGAUGACUAUCCUCGGGAAACUUUCCAGCAGAAGAGAGAAUAUUUUCAGAAGAUGGGAGAGCAACAUAUCCGAGUGAAGAAAGUCAGGCCUCCUUCCAAAACCUGGACCCCUCCAGCAAAUCCCCAGCCAAAGCAGGAGGAGAAGGAAGAGGAGCAGGAGAAGAUGAAAGAAGAGAAGCCUAGCCCUAAAACAGAGGCAGCUCCUCCUCCCCCUUUGCCACCUCUUGAGCCAAAGCCAAAAAAGCAGACACCAAAAGCAAAGAAGGAGCCACCUGUAGUGAAGCCUUCAGGCCCCAAGACACGUCCUGAACCCAGCCGAGAGAUCCGCAACAUCAUCAAAAUGUACCAGAGCAGGCCAGCCCCUGAGCCCCAGCCUAUCGAGCCUGUCAGAAGAGUGUCCAAGCCGUUUUUGAAGAAGAAUGACCCCAAAAAUGAGGCUCUGGCCAAACUGGGAAUGAUGAACCUCCCAUCUCCCAAAUCACCAACUCCCCUGUCACAAGAGAAGACACCUCCGCCUCUCAAGCCCAAGCCAGGCUCAGCUUCCAGCUCUAUCAAGGAGAAGCAGUUGCCUCUCCUGUCCAUCUUCAGCCCAGAGGGUACCCCACCUUCUGCUCCCCCUCCUCCCCCACCAUUACCUUCGCCUGGGAGCCCAGGCUGGCAGGAAUCCACCAGGAAGGACUCUGCUGUAACAGUAGCAGAAGAUGAGGGUAUCAAGACUCAGCUGUACAAACUCACUACCAGUGUCAGCUUUUCCUAUGCCAACCCUGCCUGGAAAAUCUUUCUGCGCAAAGAGGUGUUUUACCCCAAAGAAAAUUUCAGUCAUCCUUACUGUCUGAACUUGCUGUGUGAACAGAUCAUGCGUGACACCUUCUCUGAUUCCUGCUUUCGGAUCUCCAGGGAGGAGAAGCGCAAGAUGAAAGACCUGCUGAUGGAGUUCCGGGUUGGCAAUGAUGUCCAGUCCAUACAGGAGGAUGGGAUAAAGAAGAGGAUUGUACUGGCUGCUCGGGAUAAUUGGGCUAACUAUUUCUCCCGCCUUUUCCCAGUUCAUGGCGAAAAUGGAAGUGAUGUCCAGAUCCUGGGUGUUUCUCACCGGGGUAUGCGGCUGCUGAAGGUGGUGAAAGCAGCUGGCUAUAAUCCUGAGCACCUGAAGAUUCUUCGCAGCUACAGCUUUGCAGAUGUGCUCUCAGUGGAAAUGAAGGGCACUGAUGCCCUGGAGUUCUCUCUGAAGACAGAGCAGCUCAUCCUGCACUCUCCGAAGGCUCCAUGCAUCAAGGCCAUGGUGGAACUCUUCAUCCAGGAGCUGAGGCAGGAUACCAACUACGUUGUUGCUCUGCGCAGCUACAUCACAGAUGACAAGAGCCUUCUUAGCUUCAAGAAGGGUGACCUCAUUGAGUUACUGCCCAUGCAAGGCGUGGAGCCAGGCUGGCAGUUUGGCUCCACUGGUGGCCGCUGUGGUAUUUUUCCCACCAGCCUAGUGCAAUUGGCUGCAGCCCCUGAUUAUCUCAGCACCAGCAUGGACAGACAUGGAGGGCUGCAGAAGAGCAUGAAAGCUUCCCCAGAGAGCAGGAACACCAGCAGGGAGAGUUCUGUUCCCAGCGUCACAUCAGAACCCAACAGCAUCAUGUUAGUCCCUGCUGGUGAUCAUUAUACCAUGAUGGACUUCGCCACAGCCUACUUCCGAGAGGCUCAGUCCAUGCACAGACUGAAGGGAACACCUGCUGAAAAGAAGAUUGUAGCUGACCUGGUCCAGCACACCAAGGUCCCAAUCCAGGACUCUUUGCUGCGGUACUCUGACAGUGAGCUGAAUGAGCUUGCUACAAAGAACUUCAAGACUCUGAUGCGGUUCAUGGGAGAUCAAUCAAAGCUUAAGAAACAGAAUGAGAUUAACUGCAUCUAUGAAAUUCUUCAGCUGUGCAAGGAGAAGGAGAAUUUGCAUGAUGAAGUCUACUGCCAGGUCAUCAAACAGGUCACCCACAACCCUAACCAGGAGAGCGUGCUGCGUGGCUGGUUGCUCCUAAACUUGCUAACUGGGUACUUUCUCCCUUCUAACAUACUGAUGCCCUAUGCCACCAAGUUUCUGCAGCUAGCCAGCAGUGAUCCAUCUAGCACCCACCAUGAUAUAGCCAAGAUCUGUCAGAGCAACCUGCGGAAAAAUUUCAUGUACGGGGGCCGUCGCCAUCUUCCUUUCCCUGUGGAGAUAGAGGCAUUGCUGAAGGGACAUGGCGCCCGCCGGCUAGUGAUACUGAUGCCUGGAGGUGUGGAAUACCUCACCAGAAUCAAGACAUUCACUGUGGCCAAGGAGCUCUUGCAGGAGAUCUGUGAGCAGAUGGGAGCAGGUGACCAGGAAGAGAUAGAGGAAUUUGUUCUUUUUGCCAUCAGGAGUGACAGCAAUAAUCCUGAUAAAAUAGUGAGGCCGAUAAGAUCGGAGGAGUAUCUUCAUGAUUACCUGCUGGAGGACAACUUGGUCACUGUGACUUUACGCAGGCUCAUCUGGAGCACACCUCUGCACUUUGAGAACAAAAUUUAUACUGAUGUCCAUUAUGGACAGAUGCUGUGGGAUUACCUGAAUGGGAGGAUACUCUUGAGCCGCAGCAAAGAAAUGGAGAUGCAGGUGGGCAUUUUGGCAAUGCUGCAGCACUGGGCCAAACCAGAGCAGAACAACUCUGCUCUCUCCAGGGAAGAACUGAAUGAGUACACACCAAAGACCCUGCAGUCCUCCAUCAGAGUUCAGGCUCUGGAGAGCCAUGUCGGCAUGCUGCUGAGAACCAGGCAGCCCCUCCAGCCAGCGGAUGCAAAAAUCCAGUUCAUAGAGCACAUGAUGAAAUCACCUUUCUUUGGCUACAACAUCUACUUUGUAGAGAAAGUCAGUGAUGACGCAAUCCCUAUGCCCUGUCUCUUUGGUGUGAAUAAAGAGGAGAUCAUCGUGGUGGAUGACACCACCCAGGCAGUCUCCUGCAUCAUUCCACUGAAAGAGCUGCAGAAGAUGCGAACCCUGCAGCCUGUCUCUGAUGGUGGCCUUCCUGGCAUAGAACUGAACUAUGGCUCAGCUGCCAGCCCCAAGACUUUGUGGUUUGAACUGUCACAGGCUAAAGAAAUGUAUCACACGAUUGUUGUCAUCCUGGAUAAAACAGAGUUGCACCACCAGAGCCUAAGAGAAGACUGAUCAAGCGAACCACACUAUUUUCCAUUCUCUGAGCUCGUUCAGGGCUCCAUGUCAUGUCUUCUGGAGAGGACUCUUCCAAAAGACAUCCAUGACCUCAGAAAGCUGCUUUCUAAGACUGCCACCACAGUGUUUGUUCUGGUCUGGACCAUCCCCUCCUGACCUGCCAUUCAGUCCCCAAGCACUCUUCCUUGAAGCUGUGUAUGCAGUGGCUAAACCAACCACAAGCCACCCUUUCUACACCAUUGAUUUUUCAGAGCCUGUCUCAGCACAGAGCAGCUGAACAGAUACAAGCAGUUGCCUUCAAGCUAUGGAGUGUGGAACUCUUCUUUUUUAAAUUACUUAACAAACAUGAGCAAAGACUGAUACUUGCUAGAAAUUUGUACAUCACAAUGCCCAGCUGAGGCUAUGAAAUGAGUGCACUGGCUGUUGCUGUCUUCUAGAGGCAGCUUUUUCUCUGUUAGUGAUAUCCAAGAGGCCCUAUAUCAGGAUUUGUGAAGCAGAAGCUUGUAGAAAGCAUCUUAAUUGCAAAGCAGAUCAGUGUUAAUAUACAGUUAACACAUAUGCUGGAGCAUAGAUUGAGCUGCAAUGCUAAGAAAGCUUAUUGUUAAUUAAUUUCUUACUGACAUAUGCAUAUGUUUCCCUCUACUAUAAAGAAAUCAGUCACAUCCAUGCAGCUGCCAUACGUGAACAGUGGCUCCAUGCCCAUGGAGAAAGCGUAUUCAAACAGAACUUGUAUUACAGUAGAGGAGUGUCCUGGCUUGUACAAAAAUGCUUAAUUUAUUUUUAUUGCUACAGCUAUCCUACUGAACUGAAAAGUAUCUGCACUUUAGGAGAUUGCAAUAAAAUAAUCAAAUAGAGAUGUUUUGAAGCUAUGACAUGACAGAUACUGGUUUAUAUCUAAUAUGGGAAGAUUGACCUGGAGGUAACUGGCAAAGCCUGAGGAAAAGGUUGUCACUGGUGGCUGGGAAGGGGAUAGAUCUGAGGGCGCUCAUUGCAAGCCAUGAUGCACAGCCAGUUCUUGCUGGCGAGCUGAUGUCAGCAGCAACUACAGCAUCAUCCCUGUCAGGACCUUGACUUCACAUGCUGCUCACUGUGGUCUGUGAGGUCUUAGCUGAAACGUGUCUCCCCCUCCCCCUUCAGCAGUGGCCCUGUAAGGCUGUGUAAAGCACCACAGCGACAUGAAAGAAAGGAAUAGAGAAAAUAGUUGAAGAUUAACUUAUCCUUAUUUCACUUUCUCUUCCCCUGAGCUUUUGCUGCCUUACUUAGAAGCCCAACUCAUCUGGUUAGAAAUGCCCCAUAUGGCAAUAAAGCACUUUGUCACACAACCCCCUGACUUAACCAGGCCUUCUGGCUUUACAAGAUAAACAAAGCACUUCUCAGAAGUUCACCCAGGCAGCAGCUGAACUCUAUAAACACUGAACUCUGGAUAGAUAGUAGCCUCACUUAAGUGGUUAAUGAAACAGGAUUUUUAAUGGGAAGGUAAAAUAGGAACCAGCAGGCAACAGCUGAAAAAUACUUCUAUUGCAGAAAAGGCUUUUUGUAAAGCCCUUUGUCCUCUAGUGGGCAGAGGAAGCUAAAGACGAGUUACUUUUGAGUUAAACAUUUCCAGGUUCUCCUGGUUCUAGCUGGAGCUACAAAGGGGUGGAGGUGGCUGCUGGCACAUGCUUCCCAUCCAUUUCAUCCCGCUGGCAUUUAUUAGCUGUCUGUUCAGGUAAGAAAUGAGCUUUCAUGUCUAUGUUCACAAUGAUGGAGUCUUAGUGUAUCUUAGACCAGCCUGUAGGAUUGAGUGGUAAGAAAAAGAUCCCAGAAGAGUUCUCAGCAGCUACAACACUGUUUUAUUGUCAGUUCCGCACAUACCCUUCAGUACAUUUAAAAAACGUAAAACAUCUCUUGAGUAUAGCCAUCCAAAAGCCUGUUUGAUGGCCUCUCAGGCUGCAGAUUCCUCUAGCAGCACUAGUGCCUGAGGCCACCAGCCUCCACAGGCAUAGAACAAAGGCAGAACCCAACAAAAAGCCAACAAAAAGGACCUGGGCCAGGGAGUGGGUUCUUUCAAGCCCACUGAUACCCUAAGGCCCAGGUCCUUAUAUAAAUAUAGCAGCAGAGACAGCACAGUGUCAGCUGGAGGGCCACAGCAGUACCUUAACCAGUCGUAACAGCAGCAUCGCCCUCUGUAUUGUAGACUGUGGGUGAGGCACAGGGAACAAAUAUGGCUUUAGGGGUUACAAGCAAAUGCUGGAAAAGUGUUGGCAACCUUGGUGCCACUACUGGAGAGGUUAAUACUGAAAGAACAUCACUGCUUAAGUUAAAGGGCAGGCAGAACUAGACAAAAGUAACAAAAAAGUUCAGAU